AUGGGCCGGCAGUGGCAGCAGACGCUGGCGCUGCUUACCGGGAUGUGGGGGGUGCAGCUGGAGCCCAACAUUUCCAUUAUGUUUUUCAACGUUUUUCGCAUUCUCCCCUUUUCGCCGGCGGGCGUCAGUGUUGCUCGACGAGAUGUCGGAGGCGAGCUGGAGCCAGACGUCAUCAGCUACAGCGCUGGGAUCAGCGCGUGCGAGAAGGGCGAGCAGUGGCAACGGGCGCUGGCGCUACUAAGCGACAUGCGGGAGACGAAGCUGGAGCCCGACGUCUCAGCUACAACGCUGGGAUCAGCGCGCGCGAGAAGAGCGAGCAGUGGCAUUGGGCGCUGGCGCUGCUGA